AUGGAGGUACUUAAUCCAAGGGCUUCAUUUCUAUCUAACUAUGAAGUCCUCUCGCUGCUUCGUGAGCUCGACAACGAUUAUCUCUCACGAGCAAAAACUGCCGUCAGAAUCAAGAAGGAAGAGGACGGUGCAGGGGUUACAGGAAAGGGUGGAUCAGAUCCAGCGGCAGUGGAUAUCAGCGAGAAUCUGAGGACUGUGGAAGUUGAGGCCAUCCAGUAUCUCAGUGCAGAUUACCAACCAAUCGCGCAACAGUCAGAAGCUGGCAUAAAACAGCUUACUCGUGAUCUUGCACCGUAUUCACUUACAAAGGCUGAGAAGCUGCAAAUCGUGAAUCUCGCUCCAACUGAACCCGUCGAGCUCUAUGUUGUUGUCGAGGAACUAGAAGAUCGGCUCGGAGAACAAAUGGACGACAUUCUCUCGGCUGUGCGAAGAUCCCUGAAUGCUCCAUACGCGUCGCCUGGUCUCUCGUAUUCCGAGAGAUCGCAUCCGCCCGCUGCAGGCGAGGCUGAAGUAUAUAGAGAAGAAGAACAAGGUUGGGGCGAAGAAGUAUAUGACGCAAACGAAGUGAUAUUUGACGAUACGGGAGAAGGUGCCGGUGUUGAAGGUGACCUUGAUAUGGAUGAUGAAUAG